GCCUGUGUAUUGCUCAAUACUUUACAGUUAUUGCACCGUAUUUAUUUUAUUCGACCGAAAUGGCUUUAUUAUCAACUCGUAUUUUAUUAAGAUCUCGAUCUUGCAACGCAAUUUCAACUGCUUUUUACCAUGCUAACGUAAUUGAACAUUAUGAAAAUCCACGCAAUGUAGGAUCUUUAGACAAAAAAGAUCCAAGUGUUGGAACAGGACUAGUCGGUGCACCGGCUUGUGGAGAUGUUAUGAAAUUACAAAUCAAGGUUGAUGAAAAUGGUAAAAUAAUUGAUGCCAAAUUUAAAACAUUUGGUUGCGGCAGUGCUAUUGCUAGCAGUUCCUUAGCCACUGAAUGGGUAAAAGGAAAAUCUGUCGAUGAAGCAUUAAAACUCAAAAAUACUGAUAUUGCUAAGGAAUUAUGUUUACCACCUGUUAAGCUACAUUGUUCUAUGCUCGCCGAGGAUGCGAUCAAAGCUGCUUUAUCAGAUUAUAAAAUAAAAAAUCAAAAAAAAUAAAUUGUCUAAAAUAAUACUCAUGGAUUUUUGUAUCAUAUUGUUAAUAUAUAAAAUGUGAUAAUUGGGUGAGAGUCGGAUUAGAUCUUCUUAGAGGAGAUUUAUUUUUCAUAAUAAUGUAAAAAGUCGAAUAAAAAUAAAACAGU